CAAAUACAUAAGAGUACAAUGAGCAAUUUGAUCAAUUAAAGUAAAAUUAACGACAUUUUUUUACCUGAAGAUAUCAGCAUCUGUCUUGUGGACCAAGUUGCGAGCGGUAUUGUGAUUAACGAUUUAACCCUGAAAUCCAGAAACAAAGAGGGCAGAAAGCUAGGGUUUUGUGGCGGUGAGAGCGCCGACUUGAAAAUUUACUUUAAAACUGCAGUUUACUCGUCACUCGUCGGACCUGUGCUCUUUCACUUAAUCGAAGCUCAAAACCAGUGGGUAUAAAAUGUCUCGAAGAUAUGAUAGCCGCACAACAAUCUUCUCCCCAGAAGGUCGUUUGUACCAAGUAGAGUAUGCCAUGGAGGCAAUUGGAAAUGCUGGAACAGCAAUCGGGAUAUUGUCAAAAGAUGGGGCUGUCUUGGUUGGUGAAAAGAAGGUCACUUCUAAACUCCUUCAGACUUCAACAUCGACGGAAAAGAUGUACAAGAUUGACGACCAUGUAGCAUGUGCUGUGGCUGGCAUAAUGUCUGAUGCCAACAUCCUUAUCAAUACAGCUAGAGUUCAAGCUCAGCGCUACACUUAUGCAUACCAGGAACCAAUGCCUGUUGAGCAGCUUGUUCAAUCUCUUUGUGAUACCAAGCAAGGUUACACACAGUUUGGCGGGCUCCGUCCCUUUGGCGUCUCAUUUCUCUUUGCAGGGUGGGACAAAAAUUUUGGUUUCCAGCUUUACAUGAGUGAUCCUAGUGGAAACUAUGGUGGUUGGAAGGCAGCGGCUGUUGGAGCAAACAACCAGGCAGCACAGUCAAUGUUGAAGCAGGAUUACAAGGAUGAUAUCACAAGAGAAGAGGCAGUUCAGCUGGCACUAAAGGUUCUCAGCAAGACAAUGGACAGCACGAGUCUUACAUCUGAUAAGCUUGAAUUGGCCGAAGUCUUCCUCCUGCCUUCUGGAGAAGUGAAGUACCAGGUUUGCUCACCAGACUCUCUGAGCAAGUUGUUAGUGAAGUCUGGAGUGACCCAACCUUCUGCUGAUGCCUCUUAAGUUACUGCAGUUGAAUUUUAGAUGUUAAUUUCAGCAGUAGUAUUGUAUGCAUGUGCCAAAUCGUGUUCUUAUGCAACUUUUCCCGAAGUUAUUCUUGUUAAAGCUAACGUUGAUGCUAUCUGUUUUGACAUUAUAUCCGCCGGAUAAUUGAUAUUUUCUUUGGGUACC